UUGAGCCGCCGGCCGCGGAGAGCGGAGCCCGGCGCUGUGUCCGCGUCUCAUGAAUAUGCAGGAGCCACCUCCCUCCCUCCUUGACGUCACGGACCGUCUCGGGGUGAGCUCUGGAGCCGCUCAGGGUCCGCGCCAGUGAGCGCGGCUGCUGCUGGCGAGCGCGCGGCGCGGCGGAGGGCUCCGGAGACCGAGCGCGGCGGCGACGGAGAGCACCAAGCCCUCCCUGCGGGCGCCGAGACUAGCCCUCGGCGCGGGAACAUCCGGAGGCGAGAGCCAGCGCGGGCAGUAGGUGGCGGCGGCAGCUCGAAGGCGGCUCCGGCGGCGAGGAUGCUGCCCGGGAGGCUCUGCUGGGUGCAGCUCCUGCUGGCGCUGGGCGUGGGGAGCGGCGGCGGCAGCGGGGAUAGCCGGCGGCGCCGCCUCCUUGCGGCCAAAGUCAACAAACACAAGCCAUGGAUUGAGACUUCGUAUCAUGGAGUCAUAACUGAGAAUAAUGACACAGUCAUUUUGGACCCACCACUGGUAGCCCUGGAUAAAGAUGCACCGGUUCCUUUUGCAGGAGAAAUCUGUGCUUUCAAGAUCCACGGCCAGGAGCUGCCCUUUGAGGCUGUGGUGCUCAAUAAGACAUCGGGGGAGGGCCGGCUGCGUGCCAGAAGCCCCAUCGACUGCGAGCUGCAGAAGGAGUAUACAUUCAUCAUCCAAGCCUAUGACUGCGGCACCGGGCCCCAAGAGAUGGCCUGGAAAAAGUCACACAAGGCUGUGGUCCACAUCCAGGUGAAGGAUGUCAAUGAGUUUGCUCCCACAUUCAAAGAGCCAGCCUACAAGGCCAUCGUAACAGAGGGCAAGAUCUAUGACAGCAUCCUGCAGGUGGAAGCCAUCGAUGAGGACUGUUCCCCCCAGUACAGCCAGAUUUGCAACUAUGAAAUCAUCACAACGGAUGUGCCUUUUGCCAUUGACAGAAAUGGCAACAUCAGGAACACAGAGAAACUGAGCUACGACAGGCAACGCCAGUAUGAGAUCCUGGUGACGGCCUACGACUGUGGUCAGAAGCCCGCUGCUCAGGACACGCUGGUGCAGGUGGAUGUGAAGCCGGUUUGCAAGCCUGGAUGGCAAGACUGGACCAAGAGGAUCGAGUACCAGCCUGGCUCUGGGAGUGUGCCUUUGUUCCCCAACAUCCACCUGGAGACGUGCGAUGGAGCUGUGUCCUCUCUCCAGGUCACCACGGAGCUGCAAACCAAUUACAUUGGCAAGGGCUGUGACCGCGAGACGUACUCUGAGAGAUCCCUUCAGAAAUUAUGUGGAGCUUCCUCUGGCAUCAUUGACCUCUUGCCAUCCCCCAGCGCUGCCACCAACUGGACUUCAGGACUGCUGGUGGACAGCAGUGAGAUGAUCUUUAAAUUUGAUGGCAGACAGGGUGCCAAGAUUCCAGAUGGGAUUGUUCCUAAGAACCUGACAGACCAGUUCACCAUAACCAUGUGGAUGAAACAUGGCCCCAGCCCUGGUGUGAGGGCUGAGAAGGAAACCAUCCUCUGCAACUCAGAUAAAACUGAAAUGAACCGGCACCACUAUGCCCUGUACUUACACAACUGCCGCCUUGUCUUCCUCUUGCGGAAGGACUUUGACCAGGCCGACACCUUUCGCCCUGCAGAGUUCCACUGGAAGCUGGACCAGAUUUGUGACAAGGAGUGGCAUUACUACGUCAUCAAUGUGGAGUUUCCUGUGGUCACCCUCUACAUGGAUGGAGCGACAUAUGAGCCAUACUUGGUGACCAAUGACUGGCCCAUUCAUCCAUCUCACAUAGCCAUGCAGCUUACAGUCGGCGCUUGUUGGCAAGGUGGCGAAGUUGCCAAACCACGAUUUGCUCAAUUCUUCCACGGCAGCCUGGCCAGUCUUACUAUCCGUCCCGGCAAAAUGGAAAGCCAGAAGGUGAUUUCCUGCUUGCAGGCCUGCAAAGAGGGGCUGGAUAUCAAUUCCUUGGAAAGCCUGGGGCAGGGAAUAAAGUAUCACUUCAACCCCUCACAGUCCAUCCUGGUGAUGGAAGGAGAAGACAUUGCAAACAUCAACCGCGCCCUGCAGAAGGUCUCCUACAUCAACUCCAGGCAGUUCCCAACAGCAGGCGUGCGGCGUCUCAGAGUGUCCUCCAAAGUCCAGUGCUUUGGGGAAGAUGUGUGUAUCAGUAUCCCCAGUGUGGAUGCCUACGUGAUGGUCCUUCAGGCCAUGGAGCCCCAGAUUACUCUGCAGGGCACAGAUCGCUUCUGGAGACCUGCUGCCCAGUUUGAAAGUGCCAGAGGAGUGAUCCUUUUCCCAGACAUCAAAAUUGUGAGCACCUUUGCCAAACCUGAGGCUACAGCGGACAUGAAAACCACAGCCCCAAGGUCAGCAGCCUUGGAAGAAAUGCUUCACAACUUGGAUUUUUGUGACAUUUUGGUGCUUGGAGGGGACUUGGACCCAAGACAGGAGUGCUUAGAACUCAACCACAAUGAACUCCACCAACAACAUUUGGAUGCCACGAACUCUACCGCAGGCUACUCCAUCUAUGGUGUGGGCUCCAUGAGCCGCUAUGAGCAGGUGCUGCAUCACAUCCGCUAUCGCAACUGGCACCCAGGUUCCCUGGAGGCUCGGCGGUUCCAAAUCAAGUGUUCCGAACUCAAUGGGCGCUACACCAGCAAUGAGUUCAAUUUGGAGGUCAGUGUGCUGCAUGAAGUCCGAGUCCCAGACCAGGAGCAUGUGAACCACCUCAUCGUGCAGCCUCCCUUCCUCCAGUCUGUCCAUCACCCAGAGUCCCGGAGAAGCAUCCAGCGCACUUCAGUGGUCCCCAGCAUCGCCACAGUGGUCAUCAUCAUCUCCGUGUGCAUGCUAGUGUUCGUCGUGGCCAUGGGUGUGUACCGAAUUCGGAUCGCCCACCAGCACUUCAUCCAUGAGACGGAGGCUGCCAAGGAGGCGGAAAUGGAUUGGGAUGACUCUGCGCUGACCAUCACCAUUAACCCCAUGGAGAAACAUGGAGCACCAGGGCACGGGGAAGAUGAGACUGAGGGAGAGGAAGAGGAAGAAGAAGCCGAGGAAGACAUCAGCUCCAGUAGCAGCGAGGACAACAGUGAAGAGGAGGAGGAGGAGGCAGGGAUGCGCAGAGGCAGACACGGGCAGAGCGGCCCCAGGCAAGCCCAGCUGGAGUGGGAUGACUCCGCCCUGCCCUACUAGUGCCUGCAGUUCCACUGCCCAGCCCAUGUGUCCCUUUUGUAAAGCCCGCCCGACCCAGUGUCUGCCUGAGCCUAUCACACUCACCUCUGAUCUCUGGGACAGCUUUGGGAAGGCCCUCUGCAACUUCCUCAAGCCUACCGGUGGGGCAACUCCCUGAAGCCAUGUCAUCACCGGUGGGGACUCCAGGAUGGACUUUUUCCUGUAGCUCCCACUCCUCCUGCCCUGGGUUCACACAGCAGCCUGUGAGUCACUCUGUGCAGUUUUGAACACCUUGCUCUCUUCUGUAAAGGACAAAGCCCAUCUUUAUGUCACUUAGCUCCCCGGGCUAGUGUCCCUGAGGCCCCUGGGUCCCAAUUCCCAGUGUACAUCUCUCUCUGCUGCCAGCAGCAGUCCUCCCUGCACUCACUCUGCAGGUCCCUCUGCAGGGAAGGAGGCAGCACUUCAUAUAGUCAGACCUUAGGGUUGGGCACUUGAAGGGAAAGCUCUUGUCCAGGCAGAAUUGAGUUUACAGAGAAAGAUACACACACAUACUUCCUAGUUUGGAUAGUCUUUCCCUUUGCUUCUUUCUGAGGCCACAUAAAUUUAUAUGACAAGUACAAAGUCAAGGAUUGGCCCUUGGCCACAAACAGAGCCUAUCCUCAGCCAGAGGAGUCACCUGCCUGAGGGACACAGAGAACCUUGUGGCUGCCCUUCCCGGGCACUCGCACAUAGAACUAUCAGACACUGGAAGCAUUCCACUCAGACACUGCCCUGGUACACUUUUCCAGAAGUAGAAAAAGGGCUGAUGGAUGAUGCAGUAGGGCCUCAUGGAGGAGGCAGAUGUGGGAGACAGGUAAGGGUAGUUGGGCUCCCUGGGACCAAGGCAGCCCCAAGUUCAACAAGGCUUUCACAACCUUGCCUCAUGCCCUUCUCAGAUGUACUAGAAUGUGCAUGAACUCCACAGGUUCAAGAUUAAAGUUUGGAAAUCUAACUGCUAGGAAUGAGAAGCAUAUUUGUAACAAUAGCAAUUGCUUCUUUCUUUUUCGCACAAAAGGAAGAAUGGUUUGAGUAGAGGGCAAAUAUAUUCAAAACCCUAAUUUCUUUUCUUUUUUCUUCCUUUUUGAAUAAGGGAGGCUUUCCCAUCUUCAUUCUAACAUGCACACCUCAUGAGGAGAACUGUUGCUAUGGUAACCAGUGGGUGAUCUUUGUGGCCAAGAGAAUAACAGGCAAACAUUCAGGCUGUUGGAAGCCUUCCCCAAGGCUGGAAGGACAUGUUGGCUUUAAAUGCCUUGGGUUCCUCUUUGUCCUUAGAAUGUACAAGCUAUCCACAUCCUCCCACGGCGCCAAAGCCCACCUCACAUUGUUUUAAUACAGACACAAAGCAGAUCACAAAGUUCAGCAUCUGCUUAGGGUCUUUUCUGUGUUAUCCAAGCAGAGAACAUGAGCAGGGGAACUACAGCCAAUGUCUUCUAGUCCAGCCUCCACUCAGUAAGGAUACAAGAGGCCUCUCCGUGCUUCUGAUUGGCUAGAGCUACCUGGACAGCUCCUUCCAUUCUCAAAGUGUUUCCCAUCAUCUCCUUCCUUUGAACUUCUCAAUAAUCUUGUGAAAUAUUUGACACAUCUGUGGCUAGACACAUUUUUGUGGUGUGUAAUUGAAGCUCAGAGAUUUGGUGUCUUGCUCAUAGUUGUCGAGGUAUAAAUAAGACCAGCCUCUCACCUACUCCUGAUCUGGGGUUCUACUUAUUCUCACACUGAUGUACUUGUCAGGCAUUCUGAGCGCCUCUUUCAUGCUAAGCAUUGUACUAGAAGCUGUGGGAAAAUAAGAUAGCAAAAUGGAUUAAGCCCCUCCCUACCUAGUUCUUGGCUACCACAGAAGAGACACAGAAGCAGGCAUAGGAAUUGUACAGUGCAUGCAGAGGAAGGGAGAGAAGUCAUGGGAGGAAGAGGGCUGUGCUCACAACUCACCUAGUGUUCUUUCCCCUUCUUGGCAAUAGCAAUGGAAGAAGCUUGAGAUUUUACAUAACAGGAAAUAAACACAUCUCCUAUGAGUCAUCCCAAUCACACUCCCCUCUUCUCUCAGAUCUUGUCUGCGCACCCAUAGGGAGAAAAUCUGCAGGAUUGCCCAGGCUGUGCAAUCCCACUAUUUCAAUAAAAGCAGGUUCUUCAGUCAGGUUCUACAAAAACUAUGGCAGGGAAAGGAACACUUUCUCUGUUUAAAACUAAAUCUUUUUUUUUGCAUUAGGUUUUAGUUGUAAAUAUUUAGGUGUAGGGCUUCUGAGAGCACUUUUCUCUGUACUCUGUCUUUCUAGCCACAUUGGGUGGGGAGGGCAUGGCUUGUAUUCUUAGGCUGCAUUCAUCAAGUUUGGAUAGGCUGCUUGGAGUGUUGCAAAACCUAUAUGUGGUUGGGUUGGGUGGCAGAUGAAUGUGGCAUUUGGCGGAGGCAGCAGAUAGGUGUCAUUUGAAGAAUCCUGUGGUGACUAGACUCAAAGAAACAAUGGUGACAACUAACAAGAGCCCUUUCCCUCUACUUUGGCUGCAAGAGGCUACUGUGCAUGCCAGCAUUCAUCUUGUUCUUGGUACCCUGCUCAUUACCCCAGUUGAGUGAGAUGGCAGCUUCAGGAGGUGUCCAGAUUGGUGAUAGGUAAUAUUAAGUCUGCCAUUUUCUAGGCUGUGCCUGCUAGCAUUCUGGGAACCAAAACUCUACGAUGGCCUGGACAGCCUAUACCCUCUCAUUCAGACAUCAGAUGCAGAUAGGACCUGUAAGUGGCACCCUUCUGGCUUGGACCUUGGCUGGGCCACUGCAGUCUAUUAAGCGGAUGAUGCCACAAGUCUGCUCUUCAGAGCUAGAGAACAGCAAACAUGAAACUUCUUGGGUGACUCAGCCAGCAGGGAGAAGGACAAAAAGGAUCUGGGACUGUGAAAGUUCGGGACACAGCAAGUUUCUCAGAGGAGUAAAGCACUCAACUAAUUGAGGAACUGUCUUGAGAACCAACAGCAUACCCUAACAGAUUUAAUCAAAUGCUCUAUGUCUGGCUAAGGUCCAAAUUCAUUUAGACACAAGAACAUAAUUUCAUGGUCUCCCUUUGCAUCACCACUUUCUUGAUUUUACUUAGACAUUCUGCAACACACUGCACAGACCAAAGCCCUCUGUAUCUAACAAGAGCCAUCGCUCUAGACACGGCUCCUGCAGGAGAAAGGCUCCUAUGGAAAGACAGCGUCCUAGGCUCCUGUGUGUCAGAGGUCAGCAAGCUUCAUCCUUAAGCAGCCAAAUAGUAUUUCUGCUUCGAGGCCAUGUGGC